AUGCAACGAGCUGCAACUCUAAUAUACACGGUAAUUUUUGUCGCCGUGGUACUGGCGCCGUAUUUUGUUGCAGCAUCCGGUCAGGUUCACGGCAUUCAGUAUGGAGAAGCGCCCGUGUCUUCCGCACCCGGUAGCGUGAAAUUUGCCGUUGAUGAAUCCGUCGUGACUUCUGCUGUGCCCAUGGUUCACCGCGUGCUGAGACAACUUAUCGGAAACAUUACUGUUCCUGAGCAAAGUGUGCAAGGUAUUAAGCUGGAAGAAAUGCAGGUAUCAAACAUAACGAUUGGAAACAUGUCCCUCAAACUGAAGAGCCCGAAUAAACUUUUGGUUUCGGUGUGGGACAUGGCAGCCAGUGUGCCAAAAACUAAGUUUUAUUACAGUCCACUUUGUUGGUGGCCGCUUCUGUGCCCUAGUGGCACGUCCGCUACCGAUAUCCGCGGUGCGAAUGCAUCGUUUGCUAUGGACUUAUCCGCUAGAAACGAUGGUCUGCUCAAUGCAACAGUGAGGGAUAUGAUGAUUGAACUUGGAGAAAUAAAUGUAACAGUUGCUGUUCGAGGUAUGCAGCUUCUCAACAACCUUAUCAACGGAAUCAUAGAUAUCUUCAAGGGCAGCAUCAAAAACGAACUACAGCGAAUAGUCCCGGGUAUUAUCAACCCUGUCGUACAAAGUAAGGCAGAAGAGAUAUUCCGUGGUUUCCCCAUUAUAUACAUGAAGGACCCAAACAUAACUGAGCAGCGAGCAGAGCUUUUAAUGGGUAUUUUUUCCGAUGAGUCCUCGUCUCGAGUAGUGUCGCAAGAUGAGGUUCUUGCAGUGGAUCAGUCACUUCCAUAUCGGAGCGUUAGUAUCACCUCUUCAUACAGAGCUGCAAACAACGUACUCCGCUUGCUCAAUAACUGGAGCAUGCUAAAUGUUUCCCUACUCCUCCCAGAAAGGUACAACUCUUCACUAAUUGAGCCCAUGUACCCAGAGUUAUUCAGGUUGUGCCGUGGAUGCAACUUUGGCGUCUCGGCUGUGUUGCCAUCGCCUCCAUGGCUGGAGACCGUUAGUGGCGGAGCAUUCAUUUUCAACUCACGUAAUGGUAAUUUUACACUGGAAAUGGUAUCGGAGGACAACGUGUCAUUCACUGUGUUGAAUAUGGUUGUGAACUUGACCGCUAAUGUAAGGCACAUGUCCAUCGACAACAAUACAUUAGACCUGAAGUUAUCGUCUAUGGAUGUAGUGACAGAACUGGGCACUUCGCUUAUCGAUGGUUUGAACUCAACGACUCUAAAUACAGAUAUCCGUCGGUUUCUCGAUGAGGUAGGUCUUCCUUUGUUUAAUGCAGAUCCGCAUGGAUUUAGGCUCCCCUUCAAUAUAUCGGGACUACUGUUGUCCGUAUCGAAUGCCACCAUCACUGUCGGACUGGACCCGAAGCCGAUCUUUCCGCUGUUAAACAAAUUUGUCGAUCGUUUGAUGUGA